UAGUUCGAUUUUUCUUUAGCCAAUCUACUCCAGUUUCAAAAUCCGAAAGCCUUUUCCUGUAAUCCGAGAGCCGAAUCGUUGACGGCCGCCGCCGCCGCCGCCCAAGGUCGGCAUCGACCGGACCUCGAGGUUGCUGUCAAGUAGCUCAGAACCAGAGGCUCACCGUCGUCCCAUCGCCGAUACCGUCGCUUCCGCUGUGCCGCCGCCGUCCGUCUCGUCCACCCAAGCGCUCCGGCCCUCGGCAGCGCUCGCCUCAGUCCCCCGGCCCCUCCGCCCCUUCGGCGUCCUCUUCCGGCGGCCCCUGAUUUAUGCUCGUGAAGAAUGGAGCAGAGGCUGGCGAACACAUGGCGGAUGACCGUUAACGAGAAGAAGUUCAUAGAAAGCGCUUUGCUCUCCGGCCUCAGGGUCGAUGGCCGGAACGUCUACGACUAUCGCAAGCUGAGCAUCAACUUUGGCAAAGAAGAUGGCUCAGCAGAGGUGCAUCUGGGUCAGACACGUGUAAUGGGAAUUGUGACUUCUCAACUAGUUCAACCAUAUAGAGAUAGGCCUAAUGAAGGGACACUUUCAAUAUUUACCGAGUUCUCUCCGAUGGCUGAUCCUUCGUUUGAACCUGGUCGUCCUGGGGAGUUCGCAGUUGAGUUAGGCAGGGUGAUAGACCGUGGUUUAAGGGAAAGCAGGGCUGUGGAUACAGAAUCUCUUUGCGUUCUUGCAGGGAAGUUGGUGUGGGCCAUCCGUAUUGAUCUCCAUAUCUUAGAUAAUGGAGGUAAUCUGGUCGAUGCUGCUAAUGUUGCUGCUUUGGCUGCUCUGUCAACAUUCCGUCGGCCUGAAUGCUCAUUAGGUGGAGAAAAUGGUCAAGAAGUAAUAGUUCAUCCACCAGAGGCUAGGGAGCCACUACCCCUUAUAAUUCAUCACUUACCUAUAGCAGUCACCUUCGCAUUUUUCAGCGAUGAAAGCACUCUGGUGGUAGAUCCUACCCACCAGGAGGAAGCGGUUAUGGCUGGUAGGAUGACAGCUACUCUGAAUACAAAUGGUGAUAUUUGUGCUAUUCAGAAAGCAGGAGGAGAAGGUGUUCCUCAGAGUGUAAUAAUGCAUUGCCUACGUAUUGCUGCUACAAAAGCUGCUGAUGUAACAGUGAAGAUACGAGACACUGUAGAGGCGUACAAUACUGAAAGAGCUCUGCGGAAGAUAAAGCGCCACUCUGCUCCAGUUGCCUUGGAUGUCAGUGGGACUCUUCCUAAUUUAAGGAAAAAUCAGGUCAAAUCUGAGGAUCAGAGGGAAGUCAGCGGAUCAGUAGGAACUCAAGUGGAAAAAUUGAAGCUGAUGAAUGAGAGAAAGAAUUCUGAUCAGAGUAAUGACAUUGAAGGUAAAGUGGUCACAAAAUCACUUGAACAAGGAGGAACUAACAGUAAAGAUGGGAAUCCUAGGAGUUUCAUUGGAGGUCCAUCAAGUUGGAAUCCUUACUCGAGGGGUGUUGAUUCGGAUUUCCUGAAAUUAUCUCUUGCUUCGCGUGAUACUUCAAAAUUCUCUAAAAAGCAAAAGGGCUCGCAAAGUGAGAAAUCAACCCAGCAGGCUAGUCCAAAGGGGUCAGCCGAAGAUAUGAAGGCAAUAUCUCCAGCAACUGAGUCUGCUAAGAUUGCCUCUCAAACCCAUGGGGAGAAAACACUAAAGGAUGCUGUUAAGCCUAAACAUAAGAGGAAAAAGAAAGCACCCUCUGCAGUGGAUGGAAGUUAGACACGCUAGCAGAUUUUUGGAAACCCAGCUUUUCAGAGUGUCAGUUAAGGUGGGGCUAGAAAGCAGAAGCGUGCUAUGAACAAGCAGGAGGACAAACUCUGAACAGGUUGUUGGUGAGCCUAAUUGAGGACACAACACCAGUAGAAUUUUAGCUCAGCUGAUUUCGUUUUGUUUGAUAAUGUCUUAGUUUUGUUAUGUUUCUCAAUUCCCAGUUUAGUUGGACUUUCGGUGCUUACCUCCGUAGGCACCUCAUAGCAGAAGCCCUUGGUGUAACAUAUAUGAUUUUUUUUUUAUUCCAUACAACCUAUUAAAGUUAUUUCAAUCCUAGCUCUCCUAAGUCUCUCUGGGUC